GUGCACGCGACAAACUACGCAGCAGCGAAGAGACAACUCUUCAAGGAUGAAGCCAUCAGCCCUGCGGCCCUGGCGGAUCCCUGGAAAGGAUCUCCAAAGAUGCCGUUCGGGACAGGAAGUGGUCCUAAAGUCCUCCUGGGCUCACCUCCGUCUGGGAGCCGUGGCUCUGGGAAAAGGAAGCAAGUUUUUGCUCUGUGCUAUGGGAGAUGUCAGAGAACCAAAAAUGCAAAUAACACCGGAAACUCCAGGAAGGAUCCCUGUUUUAAAUCCUUUUGAAAGUCCUGGUGAUUAUUCUAAUCUCCAUGAACAAACUCUCUCCAGUCCUUCUGUUUUUAAAUCAACAAAAUUACCAACUCCAGGGAAGUUUAGAUGGUCUAUUGAUCAACUAGCUGUAAUAAAUCCUGUAGAAAUAGACCCAGAAGACAUUCAUCGUCAAGCUUUAUACUUAAGUCAUUCUCGAAUGGAUAAAGAUGUGGAAGACAAAAGACAAAAAGCCAUUGAAGAGUUUUUCACUAAGGAUGUCAUCGUACCCUCUCCUUGGACUGAUCAUGAAGGGAAACAGCUUUCAGAGUAUCAUUCCAAUAAAUGUAUUAACAUAAAUAAUGAAUCUCCUGUUGGAAAAAAGCUGACCAUUAAUUCUGAGAAAAACAAUGCUGCUUGUCAGACAUUGCUAUCUCUUCCUGUGGAUUUUAAUUUAGAAAAUAUAUUAGGUGACUAUUUUAGAUCUGAUGAAUUUGCAGAUCAGUCUCCUGGCAACCUCAGCUCAUCAUCCCUCAGAAGAAAGCUAUUUUUAGAUGCCAGCGGAAGUAUCUCUGAGUCCUUACCUCCGUCUUCUCCCAGAAGUCCUCGCAGUGGUGCUCAAGCAUCACUUGAGGUUUUCUGUUCAAUCGAUUUAUCUCCUGUACGGUGUAGGAGCCCUGUGCAGACACCAAGUUCGGGGCAGUUUUCUUCCAGCCCUAUUCAGGGUAGUGCAAAAAAAUACAGUUUGGGAAGUACAACCAGUCCACCUAUUUCUUCACCCACUUUCUCACCAGUUGCAUUUCAAAUAGGAAAGACACCACUCUCAGAACAAAGGAGGUUUACUGUGCGCUCUCCUGAUGCUUCGUCUGGAAUAAAUUCCAAUGGAAUUACUAAUCAGUGUAUCAGAAGUCCUUAUAUAGAUGGCUGCUCACCAAUUAAAAAUUGGUCUCCUAUGAGACUUGAGAUGUACAGGGGUGGUGCUCAGUAUCGGACCUCGCUGAUUCGGAUACCGUUUACUCUGGGGGCUCCCAGUGAAGAUGAAGAAGAUAAUGCGAAUACUCGUUCCACUGCUGCCUCGUCACCUGCCAUGGAUGCUGCUGGAGUCCACCCGAGGCAGCUGAGAGGUGACGCUUCUCCACGUGGCGCACGUGUCCUAGUGACCGCCAUGUCUGUGACCCAGAAUCAGCCCCGUGCUGCUGCAAAAGGCUUAGCGCUGCUGCAGGACGCUGAAACUGAGGAGAAUGACACUGUGGACAUGGUGGACCCUGCAGAGAUAGCAGAUGAGAACACGUGGAUUAAGGAGCCGCUGGAUCCGGGGAGUGUGCCCAUGACUGAUUCUGUGAGUGGGAUCGCCCUCAGCAUUGAGAGCUCGCAGAUGUGCAUGUCGCCGCUUGCAGAAAGCAGCGUCCUUCCUGGUGAGAGCAGUAACGUUCAGAUGGAUAGUGGCUAUAAUACACAGAACUGUGGAAGCAACUUUAUGGAUACGGUUGGGGCAGAAAGUUACUGCAGAGAGAGUGAUGCACAAACCCUGGAAGUUGAGAAUAAAUCUCACAUUUUUAAUAGACAGGACCACACAACACAGAGGUGUUGGAUGAAAACAGCAAAUCCUUCCUUAAUGCAGCAGUCCACAGCAUACCUUUCAGAACCAAAGACUUGCUGAAUAGCUCCUCGCAUAUGCGAUCAUGAUUGGGAAAAAAACUGCUUCAACUAACAUGCUUAGCUUUUUUUCUUUCCCUCCUUAAUGUGAAAAAUCAAGGGCUUAAUUUAGUGACAUAGGAACACCAACAAAAUCUCCUGAAACUUUCAACAAGUUGCUGAAGUGCAAGUUUAUUUUUUAAUCAAUAAAUAUUUUUGUACUUACCUUGAGUGAUGUGUUAAAAGUGUUCAACAAUAAAAAAUUUGAGAGCGAUGAUUUGGGUCCCAUCCUAUAGGGUCAGUGAACUGCACUGAAUUCAGCAGUUCUGAGAACACAUAUUGCUGUGGAGUCCCUGUCUUAUUUUAUAUAAAAAUGUGAAUAUAUGGAUGAAUUUCAAUUAUAACCUAUGUGAAAGUAAACCUGAUUUAGGUAUAAAACAAAUUUAACUUAAGAGGAAGGAAAGUUAAGCAGGUCCCCAGAAAUUGUCAUUCUUGAACUAUCUGUAUAGAAAUUCUUAGUUGCAGUGGUAACUGGGCCGUUACUACUUUAGGAAGUGUAAAUACUGGAACAGUAGAACUAACAGCAUCUUCAUAUACUGUUUGUGUUAGUGGGGUAAGUGUGGGAUGCCUAGGUCUCCCUAUCCCUAAGGCAGGGAGAGACAUCUUUUCCAGCUCAGAUUUGGCUGGGAGAGGAGUAAGCGCUCGGGAGAACCAGGACAGACUGAGGACGGUGACAGGAGCUCCUGUAGGGCUUGAGACCUGUGAAGUGGUGGUUCGGCAGACAUGUAACUCAUUUUUAAAAACAUUAUAUUCAUGUUGGGAGAAGAAUGGGUAUAUGAAUUUGGGGCGGUAUAUGAGAAUAUGGAGAAUCUAUUUGUAUUUACAAAUCACCUUUUAAAAACUCUGAUUCCUAAGGGAGUAAUAGUUUAUAUGUAGCCCUAGGAAAUAAAGACAUCUUUGUGUCAUUUUUUCCCCUUACUUCUUUUCGCACCUUUCAAGCUUAUUGCUGAUCUCCAAGUUGCUUGCUGUGUACCUGGCUCAUCGUCUCCCCCAGCACACUAACCAUUAAAGCCAUCAGCCACAAGGUCCCCUGCUGAAGAUAAUGCAAUGGGAAGCUGAGGCCUUAGUCACAUAGGCUUUAGAGUCCAACUAGACUUAAGAUGAUUGUUGUACAGAGUUCUAGAUCCGAGAAGUAGGCAAUUCUGGCUACGUUUUCUUGAAUAGCACAAGUCAAGAAACAUAGUGACUGGAACUUGGACUCACACACCUCCUCUGUCACUCCACUACUUGAUCUGAGCCACAAAACCUCAAUCUUCUCAUCUGUUAAAUGGGGGUAACAACCCUACCCAAUAGAGCUUUUAAAGUGAGAUAUUCCAUGUAAGCUGCUUAGCAUAAGUACUGGUACUAGAAGCAUUUUAGAUUUACCAAGGAAGAGGCUUUAAAAGGGUGAAAACAAGGCUUUUGGUCAUACUGAACUACUAACGCCUGAAUUGGGCCUUUCUCGUAAAUGAGGCACAAGAAAACAAACUUGGAAAUAGAGACCGAAGAUCAGUCCUCGCCUCCUUCUACCAAGAAGCCUCCCUUUUCCUCUACUGCAAGUCAACUAUGGUGGGGUGAGGGUGGGGGGCAGAGAAGUUUUUAAUGGUUUGGGGCGGGGGCUGUGGUGGGGAGUGGUGUAAAUCAGAUGAGUAAAACUGUAUGACACAUGAAAUUGAUGAAACUUAAAUUUCCGUGUCCAUCAAGGUUUUGUUGGAACAGCUCCAUGCCCUUUGUUUCCGUACUGUCCACGGCUGCUUUUGCAACCUCAGGACAGUGAGUACUAAGGUUGUGACAGACUACGGCUGGCCGAGCCUCACCGGCUGGCCCUUCACAGAAGAGGCUCGCUGACUCCUGCUCUUAACGUGUUGGGCCGUUACGUGGACCCAAGACGACUCAAAGCUAUCUUCCUUCAACUAAAACAAUGUCUGUCUCAAUGUAUGGAUGUUUUUCUCCAUAACAGGAAACUGGAAUCAUUUAACAGUUAUUGAGUGCCUAGAAGUACACAUUGUAAUUAUUCCCACUUAGUAUGCCUGUUGAUGUACUUGCCACUCUUCUCAUUGUACCACAAGCUCCUUCAAGGCAGAGAGUUGACUUGACUGCUGCUAAGCCUGGUACACUGUAGGUACUUUAGAAAUUGAAUAUGCAAAGUAAAAUGCUUUAAGGUAACUCUCAAAAUAUUUAAAACACCAAUUUACUCAUUUCUAAUCUUUGUGGUUAAGAAAUGUAGUCAUUCUGUUACACCAAACUAUACUACUUCAACCUGUUCCCUUUAAUAUGUACUUAUACAACCCUCCUUGUCCUAUAUAAUUUGAUGUAUGUGCAGUUUAAAAGCCAUUAAUUACUGCUUUUAUAAAGAACAUGAUGUGACAUUUAAAGUGCCACCCAUCUCUAUUCUUUGAACCCUAAUGUCUUAUUUUGGGGGAGACAUUUGAAGUACAGGUCAAGGAUGAUGAUCACACUUAUUACUGGGUAAAACAACUAUUUUUCCAGUCAGAUCAAAAUAUCCUACAUCUUGCCUUCCUACAAUAUCCAAUUUCCAAACAGUCACAGCUGUUCAAGGAUUGCUAAGAAAAUGCAAGAGGCUUUUAGCAGGAAGAACACUGACAACGUAAGAUAGUUAACUUAAAAAUGGCAAAGGAGAUUAAAUACUGAAUUCGCCGACAGGCCUUGACUUCACCAUCUUGAAAUCUGAAAACUGCCACACCAAACAGCUUUCAAGAUUUAGAGAGAAUACACUGCUCCU